CGCUGUGUUGAAUUCUAUUGACAAUAACGCAACACCUGCAGCUCCAACAUUGAAGGAUGGAAGAUACAUGGUUACUACAUAAAAUCAGCUAUCAACAAUUAACGUUGUUUGUCAGAAUUAUGCGUAUCCUCUGUGGCAUUUCAGCACUUUCGAAGCCUAAAACAGCAGCGUAAGGCUGCAGAAUUCGUGAUAACGUGCGCUUUGGUAACAUUCGUAUGCUUUUGAUUUUCGCCUCGACUCAAUACGAGAACAAUGACGCUUCGGAGAUGCUUAGUACUAAAGCGAGACACAAUGCCUACCGUGUUAGUUAACGUGCAGUGCGUAAAUUGUGAAAAUGUCAAUUUCGUAAAGUGAAAAAAUGCAGCAAAGGGUAAAGAGCCCAGCAACCUCAUGCUUUUCGUUUCGUCACAAGUGAUUACAAAAAUAAAUGCGGGGACAUUUGAAAAUCAUUAUCGGUCACAUCAUACUAUUAGAAAAACACUUUUGAAGAAGAGGUUAGAACUGCAGGACAAAGUCAAUUUAUCGAGAGACGUUUGCGUUACAGGCACCCCUUGCCUUGAUCAGCAUGAACAGAGAAAAUCACCAACUUAAAUGCUGUUGUUGCCAGUGUAAAAGAUUUGCAGUUGUUGUUCCAUGUGUGUUAUAUACAGGUCUGGUAGUCUUAGCUUUCGCUGCUCCAAUUUCUUUGAGAUCAUCAUCAUUGAGAGUAUAUGACGAACAAGUGGUGCUAGGAUACCGGAGUCUGGAAUCACUACAUGACCAUGGUAGCAGCAAUCCACCACUUCUCCUGGAUGAUAAUAGCUUGAAUGAUGAUCCCCGGCAGUCGCAGGAGAUACUAAAAAAUGUCUUCAACAGAGCAGACCGUGACCAUGAUGAACGCCUAACACUUUUGGAGCUGUCCGACUGGAUUGAUAUUCGCAUCCGGGAGCAUAUCGACCAGGCCUUACUAGAAAAUGAGAUACUUUUUACUGCCAUAGACGUACAACCCAGGGAUGGGUCGGUUAGCUGGGAUGAAUAUCAUCGGUAUUUCCUUAAGCAGCAUGGACUCAGUCAUCAGUAUGCAGAGAAGCAUGAUGAGAAACACCACAACUUGGCACGCUCCAUAAAAGAGACCAUCAUGAGAGACAGAGCAUCGUGGUCUGAGGCUGCUCGAUCUGAUCCUGAACGUCUAACUCUGGAUGAAUUUCUUGCAUUCCGCCAUCCUGAAUCCAGCCGUGCCACUGUCAUGUCUUUGGUUGAGGAGCUACUUGACAAAUUUGAUCAUGAUGGUGACGAGUUCCUGACAGAGGAGGAAUUCUCGAGUCUUCCACAACAACAGCUAGGGCUAGCUGCUGCUGCAGCUGCUGAUGAUAGUGCAGGCAAUGUAGUGGAAGAACAACGACGAUCAGAAUUUCGGCAGUUAGUGGAUCGAGACAGAGAUGGACGAGCUGAUCGCCACGAACUGUUGAUGUACAUGGACCCACGCAAUCCACGACACGCACGUCAGGAAGCUUCACAGUUGCUUCAGCUUGCUGACACAGAUGCAGAUGGUGCUGUGAGUCUAAUGGAAGUACUGGCUCAUGCAGGACCCUUCCUCAACAGCAAGAUGGUUGAUACAGCUCGAUCUUUCCAUGAUGAGUUCUAGAUGAAUAAUGAAAUUAGAAGACUGUACAUUCAGAAAUGUAUCUGGCUACUGGAAGCAGUUUUCAGGAUCUUUCCUUGCAGUUUUACAGAGGUAAAUCAACUGUCAGUUACACUGUUCAUUUGACUUGUGCUGCUAUAUGGUCUCACUUACAACCGCUGUACAUGCCACUACCAAUGGAGGAAACUUGGAGGCAAAUAUCAAAACGUUAUUCUGAGUUAUGGAAUUUACCUAACUGUAUUGGUCCUCUUGAUGGCAAACAUUUCCGCAUUCAGUGUUCCCCAAAUACUGGGUCCAUAAAUUAUAAAUAUAAAGGAUUCUUUUCAAUAGUUCUAAUGGCUUUGUCUGACGCAGAUGGAAUGUUCACCACAGUAGAGGUUGGAGACUAUGGACGAAAUAGUGAUGGUGCUGUGUUCCGCAAAUCAGCACUGAGAGAAUUACUGCACAGUAAUAAAUUGAGAAUACCUGAAGCAAAUCCCUUGCCAGGUGAGGCAAAUGACAAUCCUUUCCUGUUCUACUUCGUGGCAGAUGAAGCAUUCCCUCUCCAGCAUAAUAUAAUGUGGCCCUUUCCAGAAAGAGUUUUAAAUGAUGCCUGAAGAAUAUUCAACUUUUGACUGUCGAGGGGCAGAAAAAGUGUGGAAUGCAGCUUUGGAAUGCUAACCUCAAAAUUUCGUCUAUUGGACCGACCAAUUUAUACCAACAGAAGUAAUGCUGUUCUGGCCAUUAAGGCAGCAUGUGCGCUUCAUAAUUUUAUAUGCAGACGAGAAGGCCAACCCUAUGUUCCACAACAAUUUAAUAAGUAUUCUGUAAUACCAGCAUUACCAGAUAACAGUGCAUUCAGUCAAAGCAACAAUUUUAACAAAGCAAACCACUUACGAAAUAAGCUAGGUGAAUACUUUCUGAAACCAACUGGUGCAAUCCCUACACAAUGGAGAUGUGUAGGUUUACAAGACCCAGCCAUUUAGUUCAACCAAUUUUUAUAUACCUGUAAACUGUUCAAAUUCAAAUAAAAAAAAUAAAAAAUAAAACAGCUGGGCAUACUUCAUUAUAGAGCACUAUUUUUUAAUUUAAAAUAAUGUUAAGUUCUUAAAUCUACCACAUUAAUGAAAAUUUAAUUUGAAGCAAAAUUUUUGUAAAUGAC